AUGAAUUUCCACCACAAAUGGGUUCAUUGGAUUAAAGGGAUUUUCAACUCUUCACGAAUCUCAGUUCUAGUAAAUGGUGCUCCAACCCCGGAAUUUUCUCCUAAUCGUGGUCUAAGGCAAGGCGAUCCUUUAUCUCCGUUGAUUUUCAAUCUUGUUAGAGAAGUUCUUUCACUUCUUCUCUCAAAGGCAGCGUCAUUUGGGUUGUUUGAAGGAAUUGCCUUACCUGGCUGUCGGAUAAAACUCUUACACUUGCAGUUUGCUGACGAUGUUUUGCUGUUCAUUAAUGGAGGAGAGAACGCAAUGUUAGAUAUUAAAAGAGUGCUCCAAUGCUUCCAGGUUCUUUCUGGUCUAAAAAUAAACUUCAAUAAAAGUCAUCUGCAUGGGUUUAGUCAAAAUAAGGCUGUUAUCUCAGAGUGGGCAAAGAUGUUGGGCUGCCAGGAAGGGGGAAAUUCGUUUAAGUACCUAGGUGUAACUAUUGGACUCUCCCCGAGGAAUGGAAAAUUCUGGACUCCGCUAAUCGAUAGAAUUCAAGGCAAAAUCAGAUCACUGGAAGCCGAAAAUAUCUCCAUGGCUGGCAAGGUAAUAAUUUUGAAAUCAAUUAUAGAUAGCAUCCCGGUGUAUUGGUUUGGUCUGUACAAAUUACCCAAAAUUGUGAUUGCCAAGAUUAAAAAGCUUAGGAGGGAUCUAUUCUGGGGUCAUAAGGAGGGGCAAUCCAGAAAGCUUCAUUUAAAAAAUUGGGAGGCUAUUUGUGCGCCUAGGACCAGUGGAGGCUUGGGUCUAACUACAAUAGCAGGGAGGAAUACUGCUUUGCUCGCCAAAUGGUGGUGGCAGGCUUAUAAUGAAAGAACGGCGCUGUGGAACAAAAACUUCUUCUCUCUCAAAAAUGAGGAGGGGUCUGAUCUCAUCUCGAAUCGAUCACACUACAAAUGGAUCAUACAAAAUGGGAAGCUUGCUUUUUUCUGGGAAGAUACUUGGUAUGGUGAUUCUACUCUUGCGUCUUCUUUCCCACAGUUGUAUGCAUGUGCUGCUCGAAAACAUGUUGUGGUAGAAGAUUUCUACCAACAAUGGCAGUCGCGGGAGUCGGACUGCCAAUUGUGGAGCUCUCCGCUUCCCCCAUCGUUUUCUGCACAAGCCACAGCUCUUGAUGAUAUCAUGAGAUCAUUAUCCCUCACGUCUAACAAUGAUUUUCUGCUUUGGAAACCUGUUAAGGGCCAUUACUCGGUUAGCAAAGGCUACGACAUGCUCUACAAUUACCCUCGCCACUUUACACACGAUUCUUCUUGGCAUUCCAUAUGGUCAGCUCGUGUUCCUCCGAAGAUCAAAGUUUUUCUUUGGAAAAUACAAUCUGGGAUCCUUCCAACUAGAGAGGUGUUGAGUUGGAGAAUUCCGAGUAUCAGCCCGGUGUGUAUGUGGUGUAGAGAUGAGGUCGAAACUCUGGAACACAUCUUCUGGACAUGUGAACCUGCUUCUUGGAUGUGGAAUUUCAUUGCAACAUGGUGGAGCAAUAGAAGACUUCUUGUCAGGGUGCGUAGGUUCUCACUAAAUCGCAUCCUAAAUAUCUAUAAACAACGUCAUAUAAAACAAGUUUGGAUGUUGGUCAUUUCUGCAUCCUUAUGGACUUUAUGGCUUGCCCGAAAUGAAUUGGUCUUCAACAAUUCCAAAUUGAAUGCUGUGGAGUUAAAAAAUCUGAUCCUGGUUAGGGUGGUGAAAUGGGGUUCUGCCGCGAACAUACUCAAUGUUGGUUCCACGCCUGAGUGGAAAUUGAACCCAGUUGGUGUACUGACGGCAAUGCACUUUAAGAAAUCUUCUCAAUUUUGGAGCUUUUUGAAAAAUGCUUAUGAUUACAUAUGCAUGGUAGACGGGGCAUGGAGUUCCCGCCAUGAUGGCUCUAUCGGGGGGGAAUAG